AUGGACGCGAUGGAAUCUGCGACGACUCCGAAUGGCGAUGGAGGCAGUCCGCCUGCCCAGAAGCGACAACGUGCGAAACAAGCUUGCGAACCGUGUAGACUACGAAAACGAAAAUGCGAUGGAAACAUGCCCUGUAACAUGUGCACGCAAUUCGAGUACAAGUGCUAUUUUGAAAAGCAUCCAAGAAAGCGUAGCAAGCUGGUCGAACAACAUGCCCAGGCCGAUCUUGAAGGAACCGAGCCUGCUGGGUUUGGAGGCAGCGUCACUAAGCCUAGUCUCGAAGACAUCACGAAAAUGCGAUCUAUGGAAGCGAACUCUGGCAUCGCUUUCACCAGACUACUUGGACAGCGCCUGGAUCCCUCAAGCGGACCAAAGCUGUUCACCUUCGGAUGGAAUCUUGGGAAUAGUUCAUUUAUCCCUCCAACAUCGAGGCCUGUCACCGAUUUCCUCGAUCAGGAGCAAAUGUAUGCAUUAGCACGCCUGCAUUUCGCCAAUGUCGCGCCUCUAUAUGGCUUCUUGGAUAAAGAUCGCAUAUUGCAAGCGAUUUCGUUGAGAUGGUCCCGACCAGAUGCAUGCGAUGUGCCCGAUCACCUUUUGUGUGGUCUAGCGGCCGUGGGCUCCCUCUUCUCCGAGACUGGCGCGUUACCACAUCCUGUAGUGUCAUCGCUUGUUGACGUUCAGAAGCUGGCGCUGGAGAGUACGAGCACGAUGUUACCACCUUCCCUGGCCGACGUGCAAUCGUGGAUCUUACGCUGUAUAUAUUUGCGUGCCACGGACCAUCCGCAUUCUACUUGGAUCGCGAGCUGCACGACCAUGCAUCUCGUAGAAGCUGUAGGACUUCAAUGUGAAGCGAGUAGUUCGGUACUUCAUCCUGCGGCAAACGAUGCGAAGAACGACCCAGAGAUUAGAAGAAGAUGUUUCUGGGUUGCGAGAAUGCUCAACACGUGGGUAUCAUUCGAGUACGGCCGCACACGUGUCGCUCUUCGCGGCAUCACUGCACAGCUACCGACUAGCAAAGAAGGAGAUUAUACGACAGACUACAUCAAUCUGUACAGCAUAUCAUGUUGUCUUGACCCGGAAACUUCAGAUAAGGCUGGCCAAUGGGAAGAAUUUCUGGAGAGACUGGAUGCUUACGAAUGUCGACACGACGGCAUAGCACUGUCAAAAGCGAAUCUCGGCCUGUGCGGAUACCGUCGAUUACGUCUCGCGAACCCAAAUUUGUCAGGCGACAUCACAAACAGGAUCAUCAAUAUGGGAUUACGAGGUCUAGACGCGGCCCGGAGAAUGGCUGAGAAGCAUAUGCCUUGGUGGCAUGUCGCGAAUGUGCCUUUCCAAGUGAUUUGCAUCUUUCUUGCCAUGGACGCCCGAGAAUCGCUCUCACACCUUGCAACAGCAAUGCGAACACUCGAGUUUGUGGUAGAGCGCUUUCGCACAGCGGCAAUGAAGGAGGCUCUUAAGACGGCGCGCUUCCUUGUGCGACUGUCGAAGAAGCGGAAAGAUGAAGAUUCCGAAGUGCUAGGGUUAAGCCUCAAGAAGGCCCUCGAAGCAGCAGACGCGGAUCCGCAACCCGAAAACUUGAAGGUUGUUCCUCCACAACCGACACCAAAUGGAGUUGCGCCCAUGCCCACGGCGACAGAGACCCCAAUGACUUCGUCCAGUAACGAAGACUGGAACCUGGAUGUUUUGAACGAUACCCAGUUUGAUUGGAAUUAUUUCUUGACACACGACAUGCCUGCUUUCAAUUCCUUUGCUCCAGACGGGACGAUGUAG